UAAACUCCAUUCCAUUCCCUCUCUUACUCCCACUCACAAUUGGCAAUGGCAUCAUCAUCACUUCCAUUCCUUCUCCUUCUACUCUCUUUCUUGCUCCCUUCUCUCAUUGCCUCCUCUCCAACAUUACAAGACCCUGAAUUAGUUGUCCAAGAAGUUCAUAGCAAGUUGAAUGCCUCGAGGAGGAAACUGGGGUUCCUGUCCUGCAAUACAGGCAACCCCAUUGACGACUGCUGGCGUUGCGACCCCAAUUGGGAGCAAAAUCGUCAGAAGUUAGCUGAUUGUGCCAUUGGGUUCGGCAAGAAUGCAGUUGGCGGUAGGGAUGGGAAGAUUUAUGUGGUGACGGACUCAGGGGAUGACGACCCUGUUAACCCUAAGCCGGGGACGCUCCGUUAUGCUGUUAUUCAGGAGGAGCCGUUGUGGAUCAUAUUCGCUCGUGACAUGGUUAUCCAAUUGAAGGAGGAAUUGAUCAUGAACUCGUUCAAGACGAUUGAUGGUAGGGGUGCUAGUGUGCACAUUGCUAAUGGUCCUUGCAUUACCAUACAAUAUGUGACCAACAUCAUCAUCCAUGGCAUUCACAUACAUGAUUGCAAGCAAGGGGGGAACGCUAUGGUGCGGGACUCCCCCCGGCACUACGGGUGGAGGACUAUAUCGGACGGUGACGGUGUCUCAAUUUUCGGUGGGAGCCACGUGUGGGUGGACCAUUGUUCAUUGUCUAACUGCCAUGACGGCUUGAUUGAUGCCAUUCAUGGGUCCACGGCCAUCACCAUCUCAAAUAACUACAUGACUCAUCAUGAUAAGGUCAUGCUUUUAGGACAUAGCGACUCAUACACCCAAGACAAGGGCAUGCAAGUUACUAUUGCCUUUAAUCACUUCGGAGAAGGGCUUGUCCAAAGAAUGCCAAGAUGUAGACAUGGUUAUUUCCAUGUGGUGAACAAUGACUACACCCAUUGGGAGAUGUAUGCGAUUGGAGGGAGUGCAUCCCCCACCAUCAAUAGUCAAGGCAAUAGAUUUCUUGCACCAAAUGACAGAUUCAGCAAAGAGGUGACCAAACACGAAGAUGCACCCGAAACUGAGUGGAAGAACUGGAACUGGAGAUCGGAAGGGGACCUAAUGCUAAACGGUGCCUACUUUACCCCGUCGGGAGCCGGUGCCUCAUCCAGCUAUGCCAAGGCCUCAAGCCUUGGCGCUCGGCCGUCGUCCCUCGUCAGCUCCAUCACCUCUGGAUCCGGUGCCCUAAACUGCCGGAAGGGGUCACGUUGCUGAUGAUCGAAUUUUCUAUUAUGACUGUAUAACAAGGCUCCAUUAUUUUGAUUUUGGUCUUGUUUUGAAAUUCUAGGUGGGAAUUAUUACAUUAAAUGUGUGCUCCUAGUAAGAAAGUCACAAAGGACCACCUAAAUGGUCCAAAGCUGGGGCACUAGGGUUUCUUUAAGACAACUUUUUGUGUUUUAUCUUUACUUUGGUGGCUCUUUGUCUCCACCAAUUUUCUCUCUUUUUUUUUUUUAACUUUUUGACUGUGUUGUCGGAUUACAACCUCGGCCUGCUGAUCUGAACCAUUGGGAGUUCUGUUAUCUUGGACUUGUAAUUGGAUUAUGAGGAAGCAAGGGCUGCAGUGUUGGUAUACUAAAGUUAUAAUAUAUAUAUAUAUGUUCUCUCUC